GCUAAACUAACACAGGAAACUAUCUUAUUAGUAGCGUGAAAUGAUGCAGAGAUACCUGGCAUUGGCAAAGACAAGGUAGCAGAGAGAGAGGGGAAAUAGGAGAAGAAAGAAGAAGAAAAGGUUUCGGAAUGCAGGAUAUACCUCCUGAGGAGCUUCAUACUCCUACGGAAACCUUGGAGCUGCCGGUUGUGGGAAAGGGUCCCAUGCCGUCUGCCCAGAAUGAUGAUUCACAAGGUUCCCCCUUUUUUUCUACUAUGCAUUUGGUCCACGUUCUUGAUGCUGGACAUUCAACAAUUCUGCUGUAUUUACCAAAUAUGACAACGAUGGAGAUGAUGUGUGGGGUGAGGAUGGUUCCUUUUAUAAUGUUUCCGAUGAUGGCUCUGGUAAAACAUCUGAUUUGGACAGGGAGUGGGAGAGGAGGCACAAUCAAUUCCACACCUGCACUAGCUCUCCUUCCAGAUCAUUUGAAAGAAAAGCUGGUUGGAGAGCUAGAAACGAGAGAGAGGCUCCAGAACUUGUACGAGUCCGUGCACUCCAUUUCGACGAAAGAUGCACUGCAGUUGUUUCAUGAUGAUAUCUUGGGUAGCGGACUAGAGCAACCUCUUAAUCACUCAGAGGGAAAUGCUGAUACAGCGACAACGCCGGUUGAUAUUUCUGGAUGCAACCAGCUGGAAAGGUUUUCAAAGGAGCUAGGGUCUCUUCUUCGCGAGUGUCCUUCCAUUGAAGUGCAUGCGGCCGUGGACUGAAAGGCGGAUGUAUGUCUUUUUUUCUUCCUAGUUGGAGAUUUUAGUGCUUGUAAAUGUGGUUUUAUGAUUAUUAUUUUCUGUAAUGUCAUCUAUUGUUAGGAUCCAUUCCUCCUGAAAUAUAUGCAGGUUGUCAUCUUAUUCAUAAGCUAAUCUGUCCUCCAAACAAUUGUAGUAACUGAAACAAUGGUUUAUCCACUGA